AUGAAUCGCUACGUUAGAUUGUCAUUAUUCACAAAGUCUUUUAACAGACAGAACUUAUUACGAGGCAAACGUGCAGUGAGACCAUUUUCAAUGGCCACGACGGAAACAAUAGACAUGGAAGGAUCCAUGAACAAGAUUGAAGAAUUAUUCAGCGCCGCCAAAGACGAGUUGGAAUAUGCAGAUGAAUCACAAGGAUCUGUUUACUACCACGAAGAUCGUACCACAGCCGAAAAGGCCGUGACGGACGUCUUAAAGGCGUACGAGGAUUUUUUGACGGAACUGCCUUCCGAUGAUAUGAGAGACGUUGUCAAGUCCAAGGUUGGAAUGAAGAUGAGAGAAUUGAAAAUGACCUUUGAUGCAUUGCCCGAGGAAGGACAUUGA